CAUCAACUAUUUCUUCUACUCAUUCCCAUUCUUAACUUCACAAAUCCACCAAUCCCACCACCACCAUCGCCGCCGCCGCCGGAAAAAUGGCCGGCUUUACCAUCAAAAGCCUUACAUUAGCGGUUAUCAUCGUACUACUAAUGUUAUAUUCUUACACAGAUUGCUGCAAUGCAAGAAGAGUUACUAAAAAUUGGCGGCAAAAUCAAAUCACCGCCAAAAGUAAGAAGAGAGGAAAAACCCAUGGCGGAAAGCCGAAACAAGCAUCCCCGCCUCCGCCGCCAUCGACGCCACCGGAGGGAAAUCGGCCCGAUCCGAAUGUCUUCAAUGUGUUGGACUUUGGAGCUGCCGGAGAUGGAAAAACUGACGAUACUAAGGCGUUCCAAGCAGCCUGGGCUGCUGCCUGCAAGGGUGAAGGCUCUGUAAUAACUGUCCCAGCAGAAAAUGUAUUUCUUGUUGGCCCCAUUUCGUUUUCUGGCCCAUAUUGUCAGCACAACAUUGUUUUCCAGUUAGAUGGCACAAUUCUCGCUCCCGCGGGCUCCGCGCCGUGGGGCCGAGGCCUUCUGCAGUGGCUCGAGUUCACUAAGCUCGUCGGCCUCACUAUCCGAGGCGCCGGAACCAUCGACGGCAGCGGCGCCGGCUGGUGGCAAAAUUACAACGAUAACGACCCGCUCGACGAUCAGGCGAAGAUUAUAGUCCCAUCGUACAAUGGGACUUUAGGACACGACCCUCCGAUUCCUCUAAGAACUUCGCUCGGAGGAAAGAUGCCGAGCAUAAAGCCCACGGCACUUCGAUUCUACGGGAGUUUCGACGUCACGGUCACCGGAAUCACGAUCCGGAACAGCCCGCAAUGCCACCUGAAGUUCGACAACUGCGUCGGCGUAUCCAUUUACAACUUCACUGUCGCGUCACCGGGGGACAGCCCGAACACGGACGGCAUACAUCUCCAGAACUCCAAGGAUGUCAUAAUCCGCAGCGCAGACCUCGGCUGCGGGGACGACUGCAUAUCGAUCCAAACGGGGUGCACGAACGUGUACAUCCACGACGUGCGGUGCGGACCGGGCCACGGGAUAAGCAUCGGCGGGCUAGGGAAGGCGAACACGAAGGCGUGCGUGUCGAACAUAACGGUACGGGACGUGACGAUGGAGAGCACGAUGAACGGCGUCCGGAUCAAGACAUGGCAGGGGGGGUCAGGGUCGGUCCGGGGGGUCCAAUUCUCGAACAUCCAGGUCUCGGAGGUCCAGCUCCCGAUCGUGAUCGACCAAUACUACUGCGACCGGACCCAUUGCACGAACCAAACCUCCGCCGUCGCACUUUCGGGAAUCAACUACGAGAACAUAAUCGGAACGUACACUGUCAAGCCUGUUCACUUGGCUUGCAGCGACUACGCGCCGUGCACCGACGUAACGGUAUCGAAUAUGCAGCUAAAACCGGUGCAAGAAAAACAUCGUAUGUACGAUCCGUACUGCUGGCAGGCCUUCGGACAGCUGUACUCCCCGACAGUGCCUCCGGUCGAGUGUUUGCAGAUGGGGAAGCCGUCGAGCAGCAGCCCUCAAGGGAACGACGAUGCUUGUUGAAGCAUAUAGUGAAAUUUAGAAGUCGAAAUUAUAAGAGAAUAUAUUUAUACAAGGGAUUUGAUUUUUUUUUUCUUUUUUUAAUUUAUAUAUUUAAGGGAAAUUUUUAUGUACAUAAAUAGUGAAGAUGGUUUGUAUUGUCUGGAAAUGUUUUGUGUGAGUGAUGAGUGUGAUGUUAUAUUUGUUUUUGGCUUUAUUUGAAUAGAUAGUUCAAAAGGUUUUAGCGUUAUUUGGAGUGAAAUUGA